ACGAGUUGCUUUCAGCCCACAGCCCCGCACUUCCCCCUAGCCCAUUUGCCCGCGAGGGAAAAAUUUCAGAUAGUUUUUGGGGGAAAUUGAAUGAAAUUUCAAAAGGAAUUAGGGUUCUUCCUCCCCCCCAAAUUCACUCUAUUUUCCCUUCGUCCACCCUCAUUUCCACCAUCCCCUUGCCUCAAAAAAUUCGUCCAAAACACCUUCUGUAACUAGUCACCCUCUCUGCGCAAGAGCUACAAGGAUUUCGUUUGCAUGCGGUUUUUAAUGUUUGUAUUUGGUGAUACAUCACUCUAAUUUGGUGUGUGCGCUACUCUCUGAGCAUGUUCGAUUCUAGGGUUUUGAAGGAUUUAUGUGGGGUAAACCUUAAGCUUAAAGAUUUUUAUGAUUCCAAGUUGUUAUAUGCGAAGGAAUAUAAAGAAUUCAGCGAGUCUAAUUUUUUGGAUACUUGGUGGGCUCUGGAGGAAAAAGCAGAGUUAUUUGGUUUGAGAACAAGGAGAAAUUUCACUUCUGUUAAUUCAAUUUUUGUGCUUGAGACUUUGAUUGGUUGGCAUUUUAUUUGUACUUUAUGUUGGCAAUGGAGUGCAACAAGGAUGAAGCCUUCCGAGCAAAGCAGAUUGCUGAGAAGAAGAUGGAAAAUAAUGACUUUGAAGGGGCUCGAAAGAUUGCUUUGAAAGCUCAAAAUCUUUUUCCUGAACUUGAGAAUGUAGCUCAGAUACUUACUGUCUGUGAUGUUCACUGUUCAUCAAAAAACAGGAUAUUGGGAUCUGAAAAAGACUGGUAUGGAAUCCUUCAAGUCGAAAGGUUGGCUGAUGAAGCCACCAUCAAGAAACAGUACAGAAGACUAGCACUUCUUCUCCAUCCCGAUAAGAACAAAUUUCAUGGUGCAGAAGCUGCUUUUAAGUUGAUUGGGGAAGCAAAUAGGGUACUAUCGGAUUCUACAAAGAAAUCUGUAUAUGACGCUAAGAUUAGAGCUUCAGCAAAUUCAUUGCAGCAUCAGAACAAUAAUCCAAAUGGUUUCACUGUUCGCGGUCAGAAUCAAUAUCAGACAAAGCCGCCAAAUUCUGUAGCUAGACAGGCAGGAUUCUGGACAUGUUGCCCAUUUUGUAAUGGAAGAUUUCAGUAUCCAAGAGAAUAUGUGAACAAAGCUUUACGCUGUCAUAAUGAAAAUUGCUCAAGAGCCUUCAUUGCUUAUGACCUAGGCGCUCAAGGGAUUCAUUUGGGGUCCAAAAGGGCUCAACCAGGUGUUCAAAAUGUGCCCUCGAAAUCCAGCCAGAGUCGACCUUCUCUUUCUAAACAAAAAGAGGUCCCAGACCUGGGAGAGUUCAAAAUGGGCGCACAAAAGACGACAAGAUCCUCAGAUUAUCGUGCAGGAUCUCUCGGAAGUGCCACCAGUAGAAAAGUUGGGUCAGAAUCAGGUCCUCAGGCAGAAAAUGCAGCUGAGAUUGGAGGGGAUUUGAAUGCAAAAGAAAAAGAUAGCAAAAAUGUCCAUUCGUUCAAUGUUGGAAAGGCAGGGGGUGCAAUGCCCAAUCGAGAUGCAAUGCCUAGAAAAUCAGGAAAUAUGGAAAACCAAAGUAGGAAGAGAAGCAAGAAGGUAGUAGUGGAAUCUAGUGAAAGUUCUGACACAAGUGAUUCUGACCUGGAAGAUGUGGUUAUUGAGGAAAAUUAUGACAACCAUGGGACAAGGAUGGAUCCUGGACUUAAUGGUUCCGGUCGUCCGAGGAGACAGGCUCAGCGAAUGCAGCAUUUCUCGUGCAAUAUAAGCGAUGACGAUGACUUUGCUAGCCCUCCCAAGAGAUCGCGUGGGAACAAAUUAUCAGGUGACGGUGAAAAGGGGGAAAAUGGGACUGUGGAUGGUGAAGUUUCAAAAUGUGGUAAUCAGACUAGUUUUACUACUGAUGAAGAUAGGGCCAAAUCAAAAGUUAAAAAAAAGGGAAAUUUACCUCCUCAAGAAAGCUUCGUUGACAAGAAUGCAGAGAGUAGCAAAGUUAAGGUUGACGGGCAAGCAGCUGGUAUGCAGGGCACUGGUGCUGAACCUUCUAUUCAUAUCUUAGAUGAUUCUGAACCAGAUUCAGAUUGUAGUGAUGAAGAUAAGAAAGUUUAUGAGUGUCCUGAUCCAGAAUUCCAUAAUUUUGAUAAGAUCAGAGAAGAAAAUUGUUUUUCUGUUGGUCAAAUGUGGGCUUGUUAUGAUACAUUAGAUUGCAUGCCUAGAUACUAUGCUCAGAUAAAAAAGAUAAUUACUCCUGGAUUCAACUUGAGCAUCGACUGGUUAGAAGCUCAUCCUGAGGAUAAACAAGCGACUAAUUGGGCAAAUGUGGAGUUGCCUGUUGGCUGUGGCAGAUUUAAGCGUGGUAAGAAUGAAAAAGCUUCAGAAAUUUGUACAUUUUCUCAUCAAGUGCAUUUUGAAAAGGGUAGGAGCAGAGGUUCUAUUGUCAUAUAUCCUAGAAAAGGAGAAAUUUGGGCUCUUUUCAAGGACUGGGAUAUUCGAUGGAGUUCCAACCCGGAGAAUCAUAAACAUUUCAAAUAUGAAAUUGUGGAGGUUAUGUCAGAUUUUGUUGAUGGUACCGGUAUAAAAGUUGCUUGCUUGGACAAAGUUGAAGGAUUUCUUAGCCUAUUUCAGCGAACAAGUGGGAGGGAGAUUGAUUCGUUUGUAAUACGACCCAACGAGCUGCUUAGGUUCUCCCACCAAAUUCCCUAUUUCGAAAUGACUGGCAGUGAAAGGAAAGGAGUCCCGGAAGGGUCUUUUGAACUUGAUCCUGCUGCCUUACUCCUACAAGGCUAAGGGGGACAUUGGAAACAGGGAUGCUGAAGUCAAUUGUUCAUGGCCAAACUUUGGCCUCCCGUGAUAGUUAUUUUUCAUUUAUCGUUUUCUAACUUUAGGCUGUGUUACUCUUGAUCCGGUUCUAGUUAUUGGAGGAAAUAAAUUUAGCCGAUCUUCCAAUAGUUGGGUGCACUUUUCUGCUAUACGCGGCUCUAUGACAUUUUUGUAGUUAACCAUGUUUCCGUAUCUGCUCUUGGUAUCCUUGCUGGUGAUUUCUUGUUUACUCUUACCUUAAUUUACACAGCAGUACGAUUGUACAUAAAUAGCAUAUCUUUUUCCCAUGUCAUUUUGGUA